UUGCAGAGGAUAAUCCUUCACCAUCACCUACUCUGGAUACGCGUGUCCUCUGCUCUGAGAUCAAAAGGUCUGAAGGCAUGUCAGGGGGAAGAAGUGUAUCAUCUGAUGAGCAGACAACUCCCCAGAGUUCUUUGCAAGAGGAGACUAAAAGACUAUGCCGAGUUCUUAAAUUUUCGAAAAAGAUUAGAAAGCUUAGGGAGAGACUUUUACGGCGUCAUGAACUAGAGCUCCAGGAGUUCCAUGAGAAAUGGAACAGGGAAAAGAUAAAACUCGAGAUGGAUCACAAACUGGAGUCGGCUUUUGUUCGAGCCGUGCACGGUCAGAGUGUGAUAGGGAUUGACAGACUCAAGCUUUUGAAUACUGACUUCAAAAUGAAAAUGGAGGAGCUCGUAUCACAAAAGGAUCUAGAGCUUAAAGCUCUGGAGGCACGGCAGUUGGAAGAAAUCAAUUUGGUGGAGGCCAAAGCAAAAGCCUACUUAUGUGGCCCAGGUUCUGUUGGUGAGCUGCAGUCACUUGCUCCUCAACCUGAGGAGCAUGCUGGUGAAGACUUUCAGCCAUGCAGACAAUCUGACGAGGCAAUAGGCUGUGAGACUCGUGUUGAGAAUCCGGAAACUGUUUCUGCACAAAAUGAAGAUGGGGGGAAUGUUAGUCAACCAAAGCAAACAGGUGAUAAUGAAGAAGCCGCCUUUAUGAAUCCAGCUGCUUCUGUGGAACGGGUUUCUGAUGCUUUGGUGGAUGAGAGAAGCAGGCCUGAUGAGGUCGCCAGUGAGGAUUCACAAGGCCUGAAACAGCAGCUUGUCCAAUCAAAGGAAAAUGCUCCGCUGACAGAUUGUGGCAACACGCUGUCACAGCAGGUGCAACAAGAUAAACCGAACCAUAGUUUGGCGCCUGCUGUGGAAAAUCAAACUACUUUGCAGAAUCAAACAGAACCGAUCGACACUGUAAACCCUGUACUACCAAAUCAUGAAGAAGCUCCUGUGGCUAAUGAAUACGUAAUCCAUGUACCGUCAGAUCACGAAACUGUGACCCAUGAGCCUACGAAUAAUGAAACUGUGACCCGUGAGCCUGCGGGCGCUAAAACUUUGACCUGUGAGCCUACUGAUAAUGAAACUGAGACCCAUGUGCCAAAGGGCACUGAAACUUUGACCUGUGAGCCUACUAAUAAUGAAACUGUGACCCAUGUGCCAAAGGGCACUAAAACUGUGAUCCACGAGCCUACGGAUAAUGAGAUUGUGACCCAUGAGCCUAUGGGCACUAAAACUGUGACCCGUGAGCCUAUUGAUAAUGAAACCGUGGCCCAUGUCCCAACGGGCACUGAAACUGUGACCCAUGAGCCAACGGGCAUUGAAACUGUGACCCGUGAGCCUACUGAUAAUGAAACUGUGGCCCAUGUCCCAACGGGCACUGAAACUGUGACCCAUGUGCCAGCAUGCAUUGAAACUGUGACCCGUGAGCCUACUGAUAAUGAAACUGUCGCCCAUGUCCCAACGGGCACUGAAAUUCUGACCCCUGUACCGUCAGAUCAUGAAACUGCAGCCCAGAUAACGUCAGAUCAUGGAACUGUAGCCCAGUUACCAUCAAAUCCUGGACAAAAUGCUGUAGUACCAGCUGUUUAUGAGAAUUGUGUAACCACACCCUCCCAGAUAGUGGUGAGUACUGCUGAAUGGUUAAACGAAGCUGUUUUUCAGCUUGGGUCUGACGCAAGCCAUUCUGAGGAGCCCAACUACCUUGUCCAUCCAAGCCAUCAACUUGCUUACGGGAGUUCACCUCCAUCUUCAUCUAUUGACCCACUUCAAAUCGAGAUUGAUAAGCUACGUAAAGAAACUGAACAACUGGAUAAAUACCAUCGAGAAUUGGUAUUACGGCUGCAAUAUGAUUGUGAGAAGGAGAUCCAGGACAUCAUUAACCAAAUUCGAAAUAAGUACAACACAAAGCUUCAGGAGGCUGAAACUGAACUUAAAUCGAAAAGGAAUGAACUUGAUAAGAAUCAUAACAAAGUUGUUAUGAAUAAACUAUUGGCUGCAGCUUUUAGAUCAAAGUGCUGGAACCCCAAGUUUGCUUUGGUCCCGG